AUGGCCUCGCCGCCCAGCAUGCUCACGCAGGCCAGCUCAACCAAACCCGCUCAACCUUGUCAAACCGCGCUGUUUACCCCUACUUUCCACCGCAGCACCUGGCCUCAUCACACCCCUAAGUUUGACAUCGAAGAUGGCCCGAUGUGUCCUAUGUGGGCAACAAUCGUCAAGCCAGAUGGGCCUCCGCUGGAUUUUGACUGGGCUGAACUGAAGAGUAAUGUGCGAGUACCAAGGCGUGGGUUAUCUUCCUCUCCUGUUGUCAAUGCGACUUCGUCAAUUAGCACUGAUUCCGAAACCUGCGGUGACAAAUUGGCUGUGCUAGAGCCCAAGUGUGCAGGCAAGCCUGCGGUUGAGGAGUCUGCGUUAGAUUGUGAGUUUAAUACCCAGGAAGAUGUUGUUGAUUUUGAUUCUGACGAGUUCUUUGAUGCAGAGUCAACCCUUUUCUUUGAUGCUGAGGCCACCCUUUGA